AUGAGUACUCCACUACACGAAAAAACAGAAGAGAAAGAGAAUUUAAAGUUGGAUACAAAAGAAGCGGCAGCACGGUUUUGGCAAAAGUUUCAAGUGGAACGGGAAGCAAUAACCAACGAUAUCGCAUCACUUUCCAACACUACCACCACAUCCAUAAUUGCCAAACAAUGUGACAACAUUCUCGAACGUAUUAAUAAUCUCGAGAAAAAGUUGACGGAGGCUACAAUUUACUUGCCGUCGUAUGACCAACGACAAUUGAGUUCGCAAAUAAAAUCAAUGAUCGAUGAAUUAAAUAAGCAGCGUGCACGAUUAGCCCCAAAACAAAAAUUCUCUUUCAAAUCACGAAAAGCAUUUUUAACUGUGAAUUCAUAUUUAUCUUCAUCAGUUUCCUCAAGGAGAAUUGAUUUUCAACUCACCGAUCUAACAAAUUGUGUGGUGAAUUUAGUGAGUAAAAAAAUCUCUAUUGGUGCCAUACAUAUUAGAGGGUUGAAGAAUAGUGUGAUGCUUGUGGGUCCGGUUGGAAGCUCCGUUUUGAUUCACGAUUGUGAGCGAUGUGUGUUUGUUGUCGGUUGUCAUCAGUUUCGAAUGCAUACAUCGAAAAAAAUGACUAUUUACCUACAUGUAACUAGUCAUCCUAUUAUCGAAGAUUGUCAUGACAUUCAAUUCGCACCAUAUACACUUUCAAUUGAUGGAUUAGAUAAGAUGUUUGAAGCAGUAAAAUUAGAGUCAAACAUAAAUCACUACGAUAAAGUAGAAGACUUUAAUUGGCUCCGCCAACAAGCAUCACCUAAUUGGAAAUUAUUACCCGAGGAAAAAAUCCUUAAAGAUUGGCCUAACACGCUGCUGGUUUCUGUAGAUGGCGACGAAAAGUCAUCGGACAACAAUGGCAAUAAUGAUGAUAAUUUGUCUGAGGGUAUGGUCAAUCAUUUACUGAAGGAAAUUUUAGAGUAA